CUAUUUAAGUAUACCAUGUACACAAUUAGACCUGAAGGACCUAAAAAGAACAAGAUCUCAGCCACACGCCGGCUACUCCUAAAAGGCAAGCUGCUGAAGAAGGCAGUGGCUAUGCUUAUAGCUGAAAAAGAGCAGAGCAAGCGUGAUAGGGAGAGUACCCUAAACGAGAGCGUCCCUCCACUCAAACUGUCUGGACUGUCUGUACAGGAACUGCAGGAGCUUUGCAAAGAACUGCACUGCAAGAUAGGGACCGUUGAUGAAGCACGAUAUGACCUUGAAAUUAAAGUGUCCAAAAAUGAAAAGGAGAUCCAAAUGCUGACGCAGAAGAUUGGAGAAAUAAAGGGCAGCAUGAACAGAACCAAACUAAAGAGGGUGAAGAAAUCUGCUGAUGCUAUGCUGGGGGCUCUGACUGAAUCCAAAAUGUCAUCGAAGGCAGACUUUAAAGCCAACCUGAAGACAGUCAAGAAAGAGGAGGAGAAGAAAGAGGAGGUGACUGACUGGCGUAAGAACGUGGAAGCCAUGUCUGGUAUGGAAGGCAGGAAGAAGCUGUUUAAUGCUGGUCAAUAAAAAGUUAAUAGAUGCAAAAGGGUUUGUUGUAAACAUGUUAGAAUGGCUGAGUAUAAUAUCAUAGUUAAGCGACAACUGCAAACGCAUAACAAAUAGAUGGCAUACUCAAGAACAAGGUGCCCCACGAUGAGACGAGAUCCUUGUGGAAAUGGAAGGAAAUAAAAACUGUGCAUAUUCAAUUAGCUUGUAAAUUUAUUCGUGAUCUGCGACUUUCCAUGUAUUUAUGACUGUAGAUAAACUUUUUGUGUCCCAAAGUUGUGUUGUGUCUCAGAACAUGUUGGUCUUUGUGUCAAACCAGCUGUUGUCAGCAUCAAUGUAUCUGUGUUGUAUAUGUAGAAAUACGUUGUGUGCAUUGAUCUAAUCGAUAGGUAAAAUGAAUCUGAUUAGAGAUAGAUGAACUGUACUUGACCUUGAAGUGUUGCAUUAUAAGAUGGCGAACAUUGAAAACCUUUCCAGUCACUUGGAAAUACAACUCACAGUGUAACGGCAUUCCACAAUUAAAUAAAAUAUGACACGAUAUAUUGAUGAAA